AAAUAUGUAUGAAAAUAAAAUUUUUAUUAAUUAUUUCUAUUGUUUAAUAUAUAAAGACAAAAAUUUUGAACAAGGGCUGUUUGUUUUUAAUGUUUGAGUAAAAAUUGUCUUAUUUUCUAGACAAUUCACUCUGGAAUGGAGAAAACAAAUGUGAUGUUGAUAUUGUCACUAUAUGUUUUUAUAGACUUUCAUUUCUCUCAAUCAGAGAAUUUUAUGAUUGUGAAUUUAGCUCAGCCAUUUUUUGGCAUAGAAUGUCAAGCCUCAUCUGAGAUUAGUGAAGACCGAUCUUGCAAAAAGUUGUUUGAUGGCUCUACACAGAAUGAUAAUUUUUGGUUACCAAACAAUGCUGAUACAGAGAAAUCUUGGAUUAAUUUUUCUUGGGUUGUCAAAUCAAGGGUGAUUUCAAUCAACUCUUACACUACUCAAACCAGCUAUAAUAGUGCAAAGAUGAUUUUUCCAGAUGGUCAGGAGGAGACUACACAAUUGUUUACAUUGCCUUUUGUCUGGCGACGAUUCAUAUUAACAAACCAAAUUGUAACAAAGAGUUUAAAAAUUGAAUUUUCAAAUCGAGCAGGCAUCAGUGGAGAAGGAGAAUUAACAAUAUAUGGCAAAGUUUACUACUUCGUUGACUGGGAUAGACAUCCAAAUGUGAUGGAAGAUGGAUGUGAAAUAUUAUAUUAUCACACCAAUCUUCUAGAGGCAACAGAUGUAGCACAUUUUCAAAGGGGAACCAGCUGCUCAUCUUCCUCUACAUAUAGUAAUGAAAGACAUUGCCAGUUUGCAUUAAAUCACUUGGUACAACUUCCAGGUGGUGAGGUCAAUGGAAGAGAGUGGAUAUCAAAUGGCAAUUCAGUUGUCAAUUGCUGGCUAAGAAUAGAUUUUCAACACUUGUAUAGAAUAUCUUUUCUUAAAAUCACUCAGAGACAAACACCAGCUCUGCUAGUAAAGAACAUAGAUUUGGAGUUUCUGGAUGGUACAUUUUCCCAUGAUUUACUCAAUAAUAUUCUUGAACAAACUUUUCAACUAGAUAAAAUCUACUAUUCAAAUUACCUAAAGCUCUAUCCAAAAACAUUACAUAGUUAUAGUGGUCAUAUUGGAUUCAGUGGUAUUGAGGCACAUAGUCUGAUACCUGGAGUGAAUGGAUUGAAAUCUCUAAGUAAGAAUAGUUGCCACUCUACAAGUAAAACAAUUGCUUUUGAUAAGAAUCCUAAUACAUGUACACCAAUCAACUCUGCAGAUAUAAAAUUCCUGGCAAAAUUCAAUAGUUUGGCAAAAAUUAAUAUAACAAUCAAAGAGAGUAGUGAAGAAAUGUGCAAAAAUUUAAAUCUAAUCCAUCAAAUUGUUGAUGACAAAUAUGAAGAAUGCAAAUUGGAAAGUUUUCUAUCAAGCUGUGAAUUCACCUGUUUGAAGUGUCUUUAUGAUUCAAUCUGUAAAUUUAUCCUUUAUCAACAUACCAGUGAAAUUUGUGAAAUAUUGUUAGAGUAAUUAAAAUUAAUUACAUAACUGUGCACUUCAAUUAAAAAAUAAAAUAUUUUUGAAAUUACUUGAAUUAUUUAGUUUUCUGUUCUUCCCUUUCUUCAUAGCUGCAUUCCUCAUAAUUGUAUAAUUGUCAAUAGCAACAUAAGCUAUAUGAGCAGCCAUUGUAAUGAUAGUCCAAACCUUCAAUUUCCUAUCUAGUUCAACAGCUGAAAUUUUAAUCUCCGAUUGCAUGUUUAAUGGUUUAUAUAUUCUGGUUAUUAUUCGAUAUACC